AUGGGGACUGGAAACUACACAACUGUGGCAGAGUUCAUUAUUUUGGGGUUAACAGAAGGUACUACAGUUUGUGCCAUUUUAUUUAUUGUGUUUCUAGGAAUCUAUGUUGUCACCUUAAUGGGCAAUAUCAGCAUAAUCAUGUUAAUCAGAAGCAGCCUCCAGCUUCACACCCCAAUGUACCUUGUCCUCUGCCACUUGGCCUUUGUGGACAUCGGGUACUCCUCAUCAGUCACGCCUGUCAUGCUCAUGGGCUUCCUAGGGGAGGGCACCUCUAUCCAUGUUGCUGGUUGUGUCACCCAACUCUGUUCCGUGGUCACCUUUGGGACAGCCGAGUGCUUCCUGCUGGCUGCCAUGGCCUAUGACCGCUAUGUGGCCAUCUGCUUGCCCCUGCUGUACUCCACCCAUGUGUCCCCCAGAGUCUGUAUCCUCUUAGUGGGGAUGUCCUACCUAGGUGGAUGUGUGAACACUUGGACAUUUACUGGCUGUUUAUUAAGUCUGUCCUUCUGUGGACCGAAUAAAGUAAAUCACUUUUUCUGUGAUUAUUCACCACUUUUGGAGCUUUCUUGUUCUCAUGAUUUUACUUCUGAAGUCAUUCCAGCCAUCUUUUCUGGCUCCAUCAUUGUAGUCACUGUAUUUAUCAUUGGUCUCUCUUACGUUUACAUCAUUUCCUCAGUCCUGAAGAUGCGAUCCACCGAGGGGCGCCACAAAGCCUUCUCCACCUGCACAUCCCACCUCACAGCGGUCACUCUGUUCUUUGGCACCAUCACAUUCAUUUAUGUGAUGCCCAAGUCCAGCUACUCAACUGAACAAAACAAAGUGGUAUCUUUGUUUUACACAGUGGUGAUCCCCAUGUUGAACCCCCUUAUCUACAGUUUGAGGAACAAGGAGGUUAAAGAGGCCAUGAGAAAAUUAAUGGCUAGAACACAUUGGUGGUCCUAA